AUGUGCACGCACGGACAAGCAUUCUGGUCUGCAUCACCAGCCAAUUUUACCCAACCUUACCCACCUGUGCUCACGUUAGACAAAGGCCAAGGCAAGAAGAGUCGAAAGGCUCAGGCCAAGGCUGCAAAGGCGGCCGAAGACAUGACACAGGAGGAAAAGGACAAGCUGAUGCGUGAGGCCGGCUUGGCCUCGGCCCCACUGGAUGUCAAGCCGACGCAAUUGCAGCAGGCUAUGGACAUUUUGGAAAAGCGUGAGCGCCGAGCCAAAGGUGGAGAAUCGGCUGCGGCUGUGCCAGAGCCUCCCGCGGCUCAGCCCGACGCUGCCACUACCUCAAAGAAAAAGAAGUCUCGUCCCGCAAAGAAGCAAUCCCGCUCCGUCGCUGAUGCCACCGAGGAAAAUGUUCGCAAAAGCGUGGGUCAACUUGAUGUCGUUCAAAUUGAACUGGCUGUACAAGUUGCUUCGGAGCGAAUUCGCGAUAGCGCAGUGGAACGUCUGAAAGCAAUGGUGGAGAGCCUCGUUGCCCAGCUUAAGGAUGUCAAAUCUGUCAAGAGCCCCGUAUCCGAUCUGCCAUUGUCGGCGUGCCCACCCGAUGUAGCGGCUCUGUUUGAGGAAGCGAUGAAGGGCAUGGAUCAAAAAGAGAUUGCCGCUGUAUUUCGCAUGUACCUCGUGGAUGCCAUCCAACGCAAACAACAGGGCGUUACAAACUUGCCCAUCCAGUUGUUUCAUCAACUGGCCAUUCGCGCCGUGGCCCGCGACAAGAGCAGUCACUACAGCGUGGCCGAUGAUGCGCUCAAUGCCGUGAUUGAAAGUUUCAAGGGCGCCAUGCCUCAAGAUUACGUGGCAGUUCCUACGCUCUGGACUUUGAACCAAUUCAUUGUGGGCGGCAUGCGCAUGUCUUUUCUUCGGGUCUUUGUGCGAUUUUACUUGUUGCUAUUGUCAGACCACUGCUCGGAGAAAGUCAAGAUGGCCGCUUGUCAAGGUUUAGAUCUUCUCUUUCCUCAAGGAGAGCACAAGCGCAACAUUGCUUUUUGCCAGGACGUGGUCAAGCAAGCCAAGAAUGCCCAGCUGACCCCAAAGCAACUGAUUCGUGUCAUUCUGGUCGCUUAUUCCACCGCUGUCAAGCGCACGCCAGAGCAAACAAAAAUCUUGCAACACGCCUACCCAUACCUACGUGAGCUCGCGGUUCGGCGCAGUGAGCAAAUGCCCAAGUGCGUGCUGGAGCUGCUGGAAACCUUGGAGAGCGAAAGUGCCAACGACCAAGAUGUUCGCUUGCAACUCUGCAUGAGUAUCAACUACUGUGCUACGCUCGAUCCGGUGGCAACUCUGCGUACUAUCAUCUCGGCCAUGCGCAAGUUUCCACUCGGUGUUGCAGUCUUGGUGGAAUUGCUCAACACGAAGUUGUGGAGUGCCAAGUCUCUAUCGUGCAAGCGGUCCCCGUCGCUGUGGCUGCACGCCAUGGGCACCCUUCAAACGCAGGCGGGGAAGGUUCUCGAAGGCGUCUCAAAACCCGCACAGCGGGAUGCCUAUAAGCGUGUGCAAGCUGCGGCAGAGGCGCUUGCCACACGAUUGGAGCCUUUGGCACAGACGGAAAAGUCAAACGUUGAAAGUGCAAAGCAGCGACGAAAGACCUCCAAUGCCAUUACUUGGAGUCUGAUCUUCGCUUUGGUCGCCUCCUUGGCCCUCUUUUUCCUCCUUUCGCUCCAUCUUAUGUGCCGUUAUGGUCAAGAGCACGGCCUGGCCAACAAGCCCGACUUUAUUAUCGCGGCUUGCUCUGAGGCUGAAGCGCAAGGUGUGCUCAGCAAGAUUGAUGAGGCAUAUCUCGCCGCGUUGCCGUAUGCGUCACAGGCCGAGGAAUGGGGCAAACGAGGCUGGGCUCGCUUUCUCGAGGCUGCGGCACCUAUGGCUGAACCAAUCACCCCCUACGUUGUUCCCUAUUGGCAGAUGGGUUUGGAUGUUGUGAACAACGAAUUGUACCCGCGCUUACAAGCCGUCUGGGUGGCUGCUGAGCCUCAAUUGACCGCUGCAUGGGCCAAGGCCUGGGAGUGUAUGCUCUCGGUCUGGCACGCCGCACUGCCGCAUCUGCAGCAAGUCCGUGCCAGUGUCAUUCCCAAGAUUCAGGAGCUCUGGGCCCAAGCAGCCCCCCACAUGCGGGCUGCUUACACUCAGGCAUUGGACAUGAUGAGCAUGGCUGCCGAGGCCAUGCAGCCCUGGUUGGCAGAUAUCCUAGCGAGCUGUCGCGAUGCUUGGCACAUUAGCUAUGCGUAUGCUCAGGAGCUAUUGGCUCGCUAUCAGCAUUAG